AGAAAAUGGGAGCAGUUUGUACACAAGAUGAAAAUGCCUGUUGAAGUACAUGAAAUUGAUUGCAAGGCAACAAUAACCACCUAGACCCUGUUCUCAAAAAUUCUCAGCACAAAAAUGAAAUUUCUCAAGACAGUAAAGUCAAAUAAACAGUCCCUCCAAGAAUUACAAAAGAUAGACCUUGACAGUAAAGAGACUGUCAAAUAUUAUUGCCAAGAUAGCCAAGAAUUUAAGCUUUCCUCUCCCCAAUUUAUCAAAAUCAUAAACGAGAAGGAGAAUAUCAACACUUGAAAUAAGACAAAAGAAUCUGAUCGCUGAACUAUGAACAAGAGUGAAGGACCUUCAACUGCUUUCAUGCCUCAAAAAGGAUCCUUGUGAUCAAAGAAGGUGACAACUCCAGCUUCAAGUAGAGAAGCAAGUCCAGACCAAGAAUGCAACCAGCCUUGUUUUCGCCAAGAACUACCCUCACAGUUCAAUGGGAAUAGAAAAGAGUGUCUUAACUUGGAAAUAAGCUCUCUUGUUGAUAAUAAGUCUGAUCACCAAGAAUCUCAAGAACCUGAAGAGAAUCGAUUCACUGGUCAAUUUAAUCUUUGUAUUGAAAAUGAAUUGCAACGAGAGGACCACAAAGAAACCCUCAAAGAGAAGCCAACUUCAAAUGAAGAGAGCAAAGUACUUGAAAACUCAAUGAUUGUCAAAGAAUCCGGCAUCCAGGAAUGCGAUAUAGACCCCGAUUUGAUACAAAGCUUAAGGAAUUCUCUUGAUAAACAGCAUCAGGAGGAAAGUGAUGAAUUUAACAAACUACAGUAUCUUGACUCUUCCAAUAUAUCUGACAUAAUUACUCCUUCGAUAAACAAGAGCCAGUCUGAAAUCCAAAAGAAACUCUUAUUUUCUACUCAAAGGAAUUCAGUGAACUUAAAUGAAAGCAAAGUCAACGACAAAUCAUUUGAAUCUAAGCUACAAAAGAUAGAAGUAAAUGAGAGCCAUGCUUAUUUCAACAACCCUAAUAGUUUCCUUGAAGAUGCCAAAACAGAGAAGCAACCAAAAAGUGUGAAAGUUAGCCAAAGUCAAGCAAUUAACCUCAGACUAAGUGAUUUUAAUAUUCAAAAGGAGAAAGAGCCAAUAAACAUAAAUAUUUUACUCCUACAAACAGAGAGAUGGUUCACAGGGUUCGGAAUGACUCUCAGUCAAUUAUGAAAUCCACAUGAGAAGAUCUUAAUUGAAGGAGAGCUGUAUAAGUACAAACCAGGGAUAGAUAAGAUGUAUAUAGCUCGAUGGUGCCAACUUACAAAAACUUCAUUCAGAGUGUAUAAAAACCAAGUAUCUGCAAAAGGAUUUGGCUCAAAACCAAUUCUAGCUCUUCCUCUUGAAAUUUUCAAAGGGGUGAAAUAAGGCUAAAUUUCAUAUUCCAAAUAAAGGGAAGGAUAAGAAAAGUACGAAAAUUAGUAGCAAAAAUCAAUUCGAAAUCCUUUACAGAGAUGAUAUCCUUGAUGCAAUCAUGAAGAACUUUCUUCACUCUAAAAUCAAUGAAAGACAAGAUGAAGGAAAUGUUGUUGAGCUAGAGAGUGAUGAUCAAUUUGAGGAGAAGAUCAGCAUCCUUAAAGACAAAAUAACGUCUAACAAAGUGUUUAAAGUCCAUGCAUCCAUGGAAAGUCUGAACAUUCCCUCAACAUGGAGCAACAGAGAGGGUGAAUGGUUCUGUGCAGAGAAAAGACUCAUGUUUACCACCCAGAAAAGUAGCGAUAGAGAAAAAUGGUUAAAAAUCCUCAGAAAAUGCAUAUAAAAUAUUCAAUAAAA